AUGAGCCUCAACGGCGCCGACAUGGCCGGCCUGACGGCGCGCAUGGAGAGCAUUGCUGCAUCCGGUGGCAAGUGGCUCACCGAGGCCGAGCUGGCGCAGUACGCCUCGCCCUCGGCCGCCGACGAGGCCGCCGUGCGCGCCUUCCUCGUCAAGAACGGCAUCCCGGCCUCGGCGCAGAAGUGGUCGAAGCUGCGCGACAGCGUCUCGGUCGACAGCACCGUCGGCCAGACGGCCAAGCUCUUCCAGGCGCAGUUCCUCGAGUACAGCGUCGACGGCCAGCGCGCGGCGCGCACCAAGGCCUACACGAUCCCCUCCGAGAUUGCCAACAGCGUGCAGGACGCCUACCCGCUCUCGACGUACGGCUCGAUCCGCCGCGCCUCGACGGGCUUCACGCCGCUCGCCGAGGAGGACAUUCCGGCCGGCGAGGCGGCCGAGGAGGAGGCACUCGAGCGCCGCCAGUCGACGCCCAGCAGCUGCAGCACCAACUCGGUCACGCCGGCGUGCCUGCGCGCGUACUACGGCACGAGCAGCGUCACGCCCAAGGCCACCUCGGGCGUCGUCGACAUCGGCGUUAUGGGCUACAUCGAUCAAUAUGUCUCGAACACAGGUGAUGCAGACCUAAAGACGUUCAACCAGAAGUACCGUUCCGACGCUGCUGGCUACUCGAUCCCGAUUCAGCUGCGCAACGGUGCCACGAACGACCAGAGCAACCCUGGAGUCGAGGCCAUGCUUGAUGUCGAGACUGUCGUGAGCCAGACGUACCCUCUGAACAGCCAAUUCAUCGCCGAGGGCACCUCGCAGACGGCCGGCGACAUCUUCCUGCUCACAUUCAACGACUUCAUCAACAACUACAGUGCAAGCACCCGGCCGAAGGUCAUCAGCAUCAGUUACGGGUCGGACGAGAAGGAGUUCUCGUCGUCGCAGGCCAACUCGAUGUGCAAUGCCGCACAAAAGCUCACGUCGCUCGGCGUGACUAUCGUGGUUUCAUCCGGCGAUUACGGCGUCGGCGGCCAGUCGGGCGAUACGUGCCCGAAUUUUGUGCCUACUUAUCCUGGCGGCUGCCCCUACAUCCUCUCCGUCGGUGCCACGCAGGGCUUCUCGCCCGAGGUGAUGGUCGACAACAACCUGGCCGGCUUCUACAGCGGCGCGGGCGCAUCCCAGAUAUUCUCGACCCCCAGCUUCCAGUCGUCGCAGGUCUCGGCGUACAAGAGCAAGAUCCCCUCGUCGGCCUCGGGCGAGUACAACGCCAACGGACGCUUCUUCCCGGACCUGGCGGCGCAGGGCAGCCGCUACGUGAUCGUGCAGAAGGGCCAGACGGGCCUCGUCGGCGGCACCUCGGCCUCGUGCCCGCUCGUCGCCUCGCUCCUGACGCUGCAGAACGCUCGCCGCCGCGCUAACGGCCAGGACUCCAUUGGCUGGGCCAACCCGGCGCUGUACUCCAAGAGCAACCUCAAGGACAUCACUUCUGGCGGAUCGUAUGGCUGCGGCUCGAGCACGACCAACGGCUUCCCCGCGGCUAGCGGCUGGGACGGCUCUUCGGGCCUGGGCAGCCCGAGCUACUCGGCACUCACCGCCGUCUUCUAG